UUCAUCUGCUGACCUCAAUUGUGUGACAUUUAGAUCAAAGACGAAACUGGCGCUGGUACGCAGCCUAAUAUCACGUUGUUAUAAGAGUAACCUACUGAUAUGCAUGCAAGAUGUCACCACCCGAGGAGAAUAUUAUCCCGAUAAGAGCAUGGCAACAGCUGCUAGCCCUCCUUUGUAUCUUCGCGUUACUAGUACAUCUAAGGAGGGAUUAGAUGCCGCUGUCGUCGCUAUUAAGGAUAUGAUGCAGCAGGAUCUCCCUAAUCUAGUUGAUGAGCGCAGAUUUAGGCGCCAACGUGAGCCUCAAGAGUUUGAAAAGGAUGAAUUCGGUCGCCGCAAAUGGCCCGAGGAGAAGAUCCCGGUUGACCUUGAACCUAUAAACGGUUUCAAUUUGAGAGCUCAAGUGGUGGGCCGAGGUGGCGAUAACGUCAAGUAUAUCCAGCAAGAGACUGGGUGCAAGGUUCAGAUCAAGGGUCGCGGUUCUGGCUUCAUGGAACCACAGUCUGGCCAGGAAAGCGAUGAACCCAUGUAUCUUCAUAUCGCUGGUCCUCGCCCCGAGGGAGUUGCACAAGCUAAGCAAUUAUGUGAUGAACUUCUUGAAAAAGUCAAAUCAGAUUACAACACUUUCAAAGAGAGACCGCCACAGCAGCGCUUUGGCAAUGAUGGUUACUCGAACGGACGUGGAUACGGUGACCGUGGUUAUGGUGAUCGCUACGGUGAUCGUGGUGACCGAGACCGCAACCACGGCUAUGGGCAAGGGGGUGGGUAUGGUGGACGCAGUGGUUACGGCGGUCACCAGGAUUUGCAGUCCCCCGUAAACACGGGUGUAGGAGGCGCCCAAGCUGCGAGCGCUGCCGGUUAUGACGCCAACUCAUGGUACUACGCACAGGCUGGGGGUGCUGAUCCUUAUGCUGCUUAUGGCGGUUACGAGGGUUACGUGAGUUGGUACAAUUACUACGCUGCAGCAGCGGCACAGAAUUCACCAGCACCAGGCCAGGCAGCGGCAGCAGCAGCUCCACCCCCUCCUCCUUCUGAACCUGCUCCUGGAAACGCUCCUCCACCCCCACCCCCACCCCCACCAUCGGGCUCUCCCCCUGGCGGUUUCAAUGCUGUUCCUCCGCCACCAGGCAUGUAGGGUCGAAAAUUCACAAUGAUCAACAUAUGGAACACUCAGUGGCAAUGCGAGAUU